GUUCAGUAUCAUACAAAAUGUUAAAUUGAUACUGCUGUAAUGCUACCCAACAACAAUGACCGGCUCUUCACUAGCACUCGCCCUGCUGGCUUUCUUGAUAUGUAGGAAUUAUGGAAAGCCCGUCGAUGAAAGUAAAACCAUGUUCUACCUCAUCGAAAGGGGUAACCCGUUAAAAUUCCAAGAGUUCGCCGAUUCUCUCGAUGACCUCAAGUACAGCGACAUUUCCGAGCCAAACCGAACAGUCGUCCUUCUCCAUGGCCUAGGCGGUAACUUCAACUCUUCCUCGAAUCUUCUGAUAGCCGAAGCCUUGUUGAGACGAGAAGGUUACACUAUAAUAAUAGCCGAUUAUGAGAAAGCCGCCGAAGGUCCAGAUUACAUAAGCGCCGCUAAGAACAUGGAAAGAGUAGGGAAGGACGUGGGAAAUUUCCUCCUCGCCGCUCAGGAAGACGGCUACAUCGCCCUGAAAAGCACGACUUUGAUCGGUUUCAGCCUGGGCGCACACGUUGCUGGAAUAGCCGGUUACACGAUCAAAGAAUCUUCCGGAUACCUCGACAAAAUAAUUGGUCUCGAUCCACCGUCACCGUGGUUUGCCGACGUCGGACCUGAGCUUAAACUGGACAAAAGUGACGCAGGCCAUGUGGUCGUCAUCCACACGGCUUCGGGCUACUUGUCCAUGGUAGAGCCGUUUGGCCACGUCGAUUUCUAUCCCAACGGAGGCACCGAGCCACAACCGCUAUGCGAAUUCAGCAAGCUCGCUUCUAUCGGGGUCCUGGUUACAGUUGUCUGCAGUCAUCUCGCCGCCUACAGAUACCUGGCAGAGAGCAUCAUGAAGCCCGGCUUCAUCGCAACCAAGUGCCCGUCCUGGAAAGACUACGAAACAGGAUUGUGUGAAGGAAAUGAAAAGACGUUCAUGGGCUUCGACACAGACUCCAAUGUGGAAGGAACGUAUUAUUUAAGGACGAACAAGGAGCCACCGUUCGGCUCGCCAAUUAACUACGACUAUGGCGAAAUCGUCGAUGAGAGCCAACCGGAGGUCUUCCAGGAUGCGGAGAGUGAUCCGACCAAGUAUCGAUAUUACACGCCAACCUCCGGUGCGGCGAACGCGCAGGCAUUUCUCUCAGCUUACCACCUAGCGAUCUACCAUUUAUUUAUCAAUUGUAUAUUUGUUUUUAUUACAAUAAAGCUUUAAUGAAACGAC